AUGAAGCGCGCUAAAGAAAUCAAGGGGAAAGCCAAGGGUAAAUUCAGGGAGAUAUUCCCGAAGAAAGACACUUCAUCGCAAAGUGGUCAAGCUUCAAGGGUGCCUUCUCCCUUGCCAUCGCCGUCCAGCAACACCAGAGGAGAUAUGGAGGAAUAUACCAAAGGAAACGUCAAGGGCAGAAUUAAGGGGAAUACCGACUCUUCGAGGGUGCCUUCUUCCACACCCUUGUCGCCGUCGUCGGCCGACCCUGGCGACGACACCAGAGUCAACCCCAAGGGAGACAAUGAGCGAACUCUCAAAGGAAACCUCGAGGACGAUGUUAAGGGAAAUACCAAGGGUGACAGUAAAGGCGCCACAUGCGUUGGUACCAUUUGGAAUGGUGUUAAGAGCGUGCUGCGUAUUGCGCAGGCGAGUCUGGACAGCGUUCCCGUUCCCGGCCUCAAAGGGGCGAUCGGUGGCUUCCUUGAAAUAGUUAACCAAUUAGAGAAAGUGGGAGCGAAUACCGAUGCGAUUCGUCAGCUCCAGAAGAACAUCGAAUUCUUUAAAGAUUCAAUAUCCGAGCCUCUCAAACGCUAUAGCUCUAAGGAUCCUAUUCCUUCCGAGGUAGCUGAGGCGAUCGAUACUUUAUCGACCCGGCUUAAUGCAGCUAUUGCACCAUUGCAAUUGUUCCCCGACCAGAACUCUGCGUCCCUAUGGGUGAAUCGCGACGAAAUCGAAGGGGCUUCGGUACUCUCCUAG